AGGUUCGUUCGUUCGAUUCUGAAACCAUUUUCUGAUCAUUAUUAUAAUCAAAAUUGAUUUCAUAUUUCAUAAAAAAUAAACAAAACUAUUAUUUAAAUUCAAUUAGGGUUUAAAUUAGGGUUUAUAUUAACAACACAAGCUUCACUACUUCACUACUCGAAUAUUGUUUUGAAUUUCAAUGAAUUAAGCUGAAUUCAUAUUAAUUUGGCGUUUGAAUUAACAACACAAGCUUCACUUCACCACUUGAUUUGAUUCAUGUUUUCAUCAAUUUAUUUUUCAGUUUUGUUUUGAAUUAAGCUGAAUUAUUAUUAUUUUAGCUGAAUUAGGGUUUAUAUUAGCAACACAAGCUUCGCUUCACCACUUGAAACUUGUUUUCAUCGAUUUAUAUUUUUCAGUUUUUUUUUUUUUGGAUUUGAAUGAAUUAAGCUGAUUUUUUUUUUUUGUUUAUUUUCUUCAAGAUGACAAACUCCAUAUAUGAUGCAUUAGCUUUAAUCUCAGCUGUAAAAAGUGUGUUUAAAGAUGAGAAUGGGGAAAAGUAUGAAACUUUUUUAGAAGUUCUCAAGGAUUUUAAGGCUGGAAGAAUUGAUAGAAGAGAUGUCAAAUAUAGAGUGUAUGAGUUGUUUAAAGGUCAUCAAGAUUUAAUUUUUGGAUUCAACAAAUUCAUGCCAACUCAAUAUGAAAUCAAACUUCCAAUGGAUCAUGAUGACAAUGAACAACAGGGACGCCAAUUAGAGACAAAUGAUGCAUUAGCGUUUCUCAAGAAAGUAAAAGAUGUGUUUCAAGGUAAGAAUAGGGAAAAGUAUGAUGAGUUUUUAGAAAUUUUAAAGGAUUUCAAGGCUCAAAGAAUUCAUACAAGUAUUGUUGUGGAAAGAGUCAAGGAGAUGUUUAAAGGGCAUACAGAUUUAAUUUCGGGAUUCAACGUCUUCUUGCCAAACACAUUUCAAAUCCAGCUUCACACUGGACGCCGAUCAGAGACAGAAGAUGCAUCAGCGUUUAUCGAGAAAGUAAAAGAUGUGUUUGAAGUUAAGAAUAAGGAAAAGUAUGAUGAGUUUUUAGAAAUUUUAAAGGAUAGCAAGGCUGGAAGAAUUGAUAGAAGUGUUGUCGCGGAAAGAGUCAAGGAGAUGUUUGAAGGGCAUACAGAUUUAAUUUUGGGAUUCAACGCUUUCUUGCCAAACACACUUCAAAUUCAGCUUCGCACUGGGGGAAAAAUGAAGAAGUUAUCAGAGAACUGUGAAAUUCCUUGGGAUCUGCUUGAUAUCAUUUCCAGAAAACUAGAUUUUGACGACUUCUUCGAAUUUGCUGGUGUGUGCAAGAAUUGGAGGGAGUUUCAUAAAAUUUAUUGGAGAAAUUUCUUGGCAUCCCAAGAACCAUUACUUGUUCAAAAGUCUUGCCAUGAUAAGAAAUGUUUUAACUUCAUGAGCAUACCUGACCAAAGAGUUUAUCACUCGAAGAUGAUCAAUCAUUACUGGGACUUUGCCUAUUGCGGGUUUUCUAGUGGAUAUAUGAUCAUGAUAACGCAAAAUAAUUCAUUUUUGCUAAUGAAUCCAUUUACCAGAAGAAAGAAGAUAAUCCAUACAUCGGCCUUUAAAGUAAAAUUUUCAUAUUUUGCUUACCAUGUCUUACUUGCUUUUUGCAAAGGCUCAGAGGAAUUUGUCUUUGUGGCUUUAUGUAAUAGCUCUGGCAGUUUGCAUGUUUAUCAAUCUCGAAACUCUUGCUGGGUUACUUAUUCAACAAUAGGAAAUCCAUGGAAGGUUGUUGACUUUGUUGUUUUGUAUAAUACAAUAUAUGUUGUCACCGACAAAGCCAUUAUAGGUGUACUCGACUUGAAUUCCGCAAAUAUAAAAUUUUUAGAACUGAAGAGUACUCCUGCCGUAACAUCUUCCUCGCACCUAAGGUUGGUUAGUUGUGAUGGACAACUUUUAGUGAUUCAUAUUACAUCUGAGGAAAUAUUGAAUGUGUACAAGAUAGACUUCUCAACCAAGAAUUAUGUCAUGCUGGAAACUUUGGGUGACAUUGCAUUAUUUUAUGCUUCAGGAGAAUACUUCUAUGCAUUGAGCAACCCGAGAAUGUGGGGUUAUGAAACCAACUCUUUGCAUGUCAUCAAUCUUUCAUGUACAAAAUGCAUAGUGUGUGUGGGGGAUGACAACAAACUGCCAGAAUACAUUAUGCAUGAUACACAUAAAGUUCCUCCAAGAGAAGGAGGCUACUUGUUGGACUGGUGUUUUAAACAUCUACACUAUGAGGUGGAUUAUUCUCCAAGUUAAGUAACAGUUUAGUUUGUAAUCUGUGUUUGGACAUUGUUCCUUGAGUUUCCUUUUUUUUUUCUCCUGCCAAUAAUUUGACUAGUCUGAAAAAAAUUGUUAUGGUUUAUGGUUUUGAUAUUUGAGAAGUAUUGAGAUGAAAAGUAGUUGAAUAUUUUCUUGAUUAGGGUAUGUUUGGAUAUAUUUGUAAUAUAGUUGAUGGUAUAGGAAAACAUUGUACUAUCCUUUAUGGCUGUGAUUAGUUGUGAAUGUCAUAUGUGAUUAGUUGUGAAUUUAGAUCACAUUAAUGGGAUUGUUGUCUUCUAUCUUUAGGUUCAUUCAUUGCUUGGAAAUUUAAAAAUAUGUUCGAUUUUUUUUUCUUUC